AUGAUUCGGCAGGCAGAUUAUUCUGCAGGCAGUGCGAGGAGCGCUCCUGCUGGAUACGCAUCGCAUCCUGUCCAGUCGUCGAAUCGGCCUGUCAUGCCCAUCGUAUCGCAACCCAUAAGCAAGCCCAUCGAACUACCGCCACAAUACCGCCCAAGGAAGCCACGAAAACAAGUCAACGUCGCUUGUCAGCCCUGUCGUAAACGCAGAUCAAAGUGCAUCUUUGAUGGACGAAAGGAUGCACAAGAACGCAACAGGGAACUUCGAAAUGCCGAAAAGGCCCUAUCCAAGGUGUUUCGUGUGCUGAAAAAGCUUGAAGCCGGGGAUGCUCCCUCGACGGCUGCAUUUGCUCAGAUCAGACAGCUGGCAGAAAACAGCACCGAGUUUUCUGCAUUCGCUCGUGAGCUCUUGAAUUUGGAUGAGAAGACGAGUGCUUUCGACUUUUCCGGCUUUGAUGGAACGGGCGCUGUUGUGCCAAAGCAUGAUGACGAGUCGCGAGGAUCAAUAAGUUGGUCACAUAUCUCACCAGCACAGACUGGCGAGAAUGGAUCUACGGUAGGACGACCGAGUGCUUCCAUCAAAACGAUCAUGGCUGAUAACGUCACAGNNCCUCACUCGUCAUACCGUCAAAGUCCGCCAGAUGUUGCCAUGAACGAAACUGCGUUGACAUGCUCACAAACACCCUCUACCAGCACAAACCUUCACGUCGAACGACUGAAUAUAGGCUUGAGGUCCGGUUUUGGCAAUCUACCAUUUUCGAGCGCCAUCAAGGCCAAUGGCUAUCCUGCACACAUCCAACAACAACAACUACAAAAUCUCAGCACUACUGCGGAGUAUAGCAUGCUACCACUCCAUUCAUUCGAAUCCGAAGCACUCGGCAGAGCAUAUCUGAGCUUCAGAGACGCAACGCUGCAAAUGAUAGCUGAUGGAGUGCCCGCCCGUGAUGUCCUGGGACGACACGAUUUCGUCAAUCUGGACCUUUNNUUCUUCCGCGAGCGUCUGCCUACGGACGGCCACUCGGUCACCNCAGCGAUCCGCGGCGUAUUAAUGACCGCCUACAACGAAGAAUGGCUAACGCCAGAAAAUCAAGUUACCGCGGCCCCAGUGAUAAACUGGCCGCACGAGCUCGACAAGGCGGUCUACCACGAUCUCACGGCCGGUUGUCUGCGCUUCACAAAGCAAUUCGAGGAGCAUGUGUGUGACCCCAACAAUUGGACCUUUUCGAAACGUGUGUUGGAAGUGUUUCCGAGUAUACAGGAUCAUGGCGCUAUCAUUGCACCCAGGCCCGGCGAAGAAUGA